AUGGAAGCUGCAAUAAGAUGGUCACCACACUCCACACGGGACAAUCCUCGUUUCUUAAUCAUCGACGUCGCGGGCAAUCGAUUGCGCCUGUGUCAGAUCGAGGAGUUUAGUAAGAGCAAGGUCAAUUACAAGCAAAUAUGUAUCCGAGAUAAGCUUCCAAACUACACGGCCUUCGACUGGUCUAAGAAAGAUCCAAGUGUGGUCGCCGUCGGCUCUGCUUCUGGGGAGGCCACCGUCGUUACUUUAGAUCCAGAAAAGCCGGAUGCUGAAUACAUCCACUCAUUCUCCAUCCGGCAUCAACGAAAGUGCAACUCCAUUGCUUUCAGCGCUAAGAAUCUACUUGCUACUGGGUUGGAUAGGGUCAGGAACGAUGUCUGCCUUAACAUCUACGACAUGAAUGACUCUCGAGUCACCGCCAAGGACGAACCGUACAAGAAGCUAGCAAGCUCCGAGGCGAUUUCUAGUAUCAAGUUCUUCACCGGACAGCCUGAUAUGCUUGUCGCGGGUGUUUCGAGGCAAUACGUGCGCAUCUAUGACCUUAGAGACUCUAGUACGACGGGUGUUGCGCAAUUUCAAACGCGUCAGGUGCACAACAUCGCUAUAGACCCGCUGGACGAAAACUACUUCCUAUCAGCAGGUACAGCGGGUGAUCCUACUGUGACUGUCUGGGACAUUCGCUCCGUCAAGCAGCGAGUAGCUGCCAACGACACUGCAAGUAGCGGUGCGGUACUAGAUUUCAAGCCAGUUGUGGACAACUCACAAUCGGCAUCCAUAUGGAGUCUUCGAUACUCGGGCACCAAGAGAGGAACAUUUGGAGUGCUCGCCAACACGGGAGAAUUCAAAAUCAUUGAAUUAGCGCAGCAUUCCCAUCAACCUCUUGAGACAGCAGACACACCCUUCGCUCGAGCAUGGGCUUCUCCAUACUACACGAAAGCCUCACAUCAUCUACGCUAUCCUUCAUAUGACAAGAAUCAUCGGCAAGAUGACAAAGAACGCAUCGUGGCAUACGAUUUUAUGACCGCUGGAAACCCUCUAAGUGGGCAAUGCGCUCUAGCCCUACAUUCAAAUCGGGAGGUUGAAGUACUCAAAGUACCGCCUCCGCCUCCUCGCCUCAAUAUCAGCGCGUUGGAAGAGAUAUACAAAGACCGUACCUGUAUCGCUAGGCCUACUUCACCAUAUGGCACGGUAGCAGAAGACCUGAUACAAGUACAAAACAGAGCGCUAGGCGAGAAGUACGAUAUUGAAUACGACCACAAGACCAACCUCUCCUCCAGUGUCGAUAGGCUUAGCCUCAGCAACAGCCAAAGAAGCCUACCUCUCCUUUCGACAAAACACCCCAGUCACCACAUGCACAAGGACCUUCUCGAUCUUGCCUAUCCUGACUUUAAAGUACCCCUCACCGAUUACCUCGCCGUCCUUCAGGCCCCCAAACGACGUGUUCAAGAGGGCUACUCUCUGGAUUGUGCUAAAAACAAAGACAUUGUUCACAACGAUCCCUGGUUGGUCGAUGUGUGGACACUAAUUGACCGCAUGGAUGCGCACGCUGCAGGAGACGGCAUGGUGGGCAAUGGUCUCGAUCUCAAGUACCUGGGAGUUAGCUCAAUUUGGGCAAAUGAGUUGACAAUGUACGACGAGAGACUUAUUGAUCCAGACACGAAGACAAGCCAUGAGAUGUUCAGCGAUGCAGUCAAGGAGAUAGUUGAGGCCAUGGAGUUUCCUGUUUUCGAAGGCGUGAGCACUGGGUACCCUGAGAAUAGGCAACUGUGUCUCAGCCUCUGCGGCUGGUCUCUCAACGAAAUUGGCGUAGAGCAAAAUUGCCAACGGCUUAUCGAUGAAGGGGAGAUAUACAAAGCCAUCGUUCUCGCCGUUUUCCAGGGCCACAAACAUAUCGCUCUGAAUCUCCUCCGGUCUAGCCUCACAAACAAGAAACUCCCACAAGACGAUAUCGGUCUUGCAGCCGUCAUUGCCUGCGCCUCCCCCUUUUCUGGCGUCUCAGCCGAGCAAAGAGAAGCCUGUGCCUGGAUGGCUGACAUGACAAGCAAUGCAUACCUGAAAUCCCUCCUCACCUACUUCAUAACAGGGGAUUGGUCAAGUGUAGUUCACAUGCCGCAACUGUCCAUCUCAGACCGUGUAGCUGUCGCAUUGAAAUAUCUCCCAGACCAACACCUCUCCAACUUCCUCAGCGCAGCUGAAAAUGCCGCAACAAGUCAAGGUGACAUCUCCGCCCUCCUCUUAACCGGCCUAACAACACGUUCCCUCGCCCUCCUGCAGACCCACAUCUCCCACCACCCCACUAUGGGCCUCCAAAAUGCCGUCUUGCUCCUCUCCCGUGCCUGUCCACUCUACAUCCAAGACCCACGCUGGACCCUUUGGAAAGACAUGUACCUCGAGCAACAACAAAUAUGGCGUACAUUCCUCGAGCGCACUCGCUACAUCAAAGAGCACAACCUGCUCAGCGUGACGCGCGAGGGGCGCAGUGUGAAUAAGCCCAGUCAACCUAGCCUAGCAUUACGUUGUCUGAAUUGCCAGCAGAACCUCGCGUUGAGAAAAGAUCCGAGAAACAGUACGAGAAGGCUACUUCCUACUACUAACCAACAUAGUGGUGGUGGUGGUGGAAACAACAAUGCUCCAUCUACAGUGACGACAACACAUCGCGCAACGCCUUCUCUGUCCUUUGGUGGCGGCGGUGCAGGGGGAGGCGGGAAACCCGUUCAACCGCCAAAAUCCGCCAGUACACCUGGUCUGCAUUGCCCCAAUUGCGCGGCGCAGAUGCCAAGAUGUGCAUUGUGCAUGCUGUGGUUAGGUUCACCUGACCCAAGCAAACAAGGGGCGUAUGAGACGCUCAAGGGAGAAGACAAGGAAGCGAAGAUGAUGGUGUUCUGUAUGAAUUGUACACACGGCUUUCAUGGGCAUCAUGCUAGAGACUGGUUUGCCAGACAUGCCAUGUGUCCCGUACCGGACUGUGGAUGUAUGUGUGGGUUGAUGAAAUGA